CACACACUCAUACCCCCUCUGGCACUGUCCAGUGACUCCAGUCCAGCUCUGACAAGUGAAAAAGAAGAGCCUAUUGUGGAUUUGGGAUUUGUACAGCCCUCUGUACUUAGUGGGAUAAGUUUAUUUUCCCAAAGCUAAGCUCUUGUCAGACUUGCAGAGACGAUGCCUUCCUUUUGCCUAGUCUCAAAAACCGCUCAGUGGAUUUGGUAGUUGCUCAGAUAAUUUUUUUGCAAGUUAAUCCAACGGGAGGGAUAGAGAGACUGAGCCAGAGAAUGCUCCCAAAGCUCAUAAGGAUUCUAUAUGUCUUGUCUUUUAGCUUUUUCCAUGGUGGCUUUAUCAGACUGGGCUCCUGUAAGGAGGAGAUAAAGUCCCCCAGUAGGACAGUCCCCUCCUCGCAGUCGCCAUCUGACUUCCUGGACAAGCUCAUGGGAAAAAGGUCUGGCUAUGACGCCCGCAUCAGACCCAACUUCAAAGGUCCGCCUGUGAAUGUCACCUGCAAUAUCUUCAUCAACAGCUUUGGGUCCAUCACAGAAACGACUAUGGACUACAGGCUCAAUGUGUUCCUACGGCAAAAAUGGAACGAUCCCCGAUUGGCUUACCAGGAGUACCCGGACAACUCCUUGGACCUGGAUCCCUCCAUGUUGGACUCCAUCUGGAAGCCUGACCUGUUCUUCGCUAACGAGAAGGGAGCUAACUUUCAUGAGGUCACCACUGACAACAAACUGCUGCGGAUAUUCCAAGAUGGGAGCGUACUAUAUAGCAUCAGGCUGACUCUCAUCCUGUCCUGCCCUAUGGACUUGAAGAAUUUCCCCAUGGAUAUUCAGACCUGUACCAUGCAGCUUGAAAGCUUUGGGUAUACCAUGAAUGAUCUGAUCUUCGAGUGGUUGGCAGAGAACCCGGUGCAGGUGGCUGAUGAUCUGACACUCCCUCAGUUCGUGCUGAAAGAUGAGCAGGAUCUGGGCUACUGUACCAAGCACUACAACACAGGUAAAUUCACCUGCAUCGAGGUUAAGUUCCACCUGGAGAGACAGAUGGGCUACUACCUGAUCCAGAUGUACAUCCCUAGCCUGCUCAUCGUCAUCCUGUCCUGGGUAUCCUUCUGGAUCAACAUGGAUGCUGCCCCGGCUAGAGUGGGCCUGGGCAUCACCACCGUGCUCACCAUGACCACCCAGAGCUCUGGGUCCCGGGCCUCUCUACCCAAGGUGUCCUACGUGAAGGCCAUUGACAUCUGGAUGGCCGUGUGCCUGCUGUUCGUGUUCGCUGCGCUGCUCGAGUAUGCGGCAGUCAACUUUGUCUCGCGGCAACACAAGGAGUUUAUCAGGCUGAGGAAGAAGCGGCGGCGGCAAAGAAUAGCCAUGGCCUUGGCCAAUCAACCGCCGAGUGUAGAGUCAGAGAGGAAAGUGAACGACCUGCCUGGCAACAACACUAUCAGCACCAGCUACCACGGAAACCUGAAUCAGCACUGCAGGGCCUGUGCCAGGGAAGAGGAACUGGUGAGAGACAGCCGUGGGUUUUACUUCCGCGGCUACGGACUGGGUCACUACCUGCAGACCAAGGACGGAACGGCGGUGGAAGGGGCCACAAUCUUCGCCCCGCCGGUGUCCACCGUGUACGAUGGCGAGGCGGUCCGCAAGCGCUUUGUGGACCGGGCCAAGCGCAUCGACACGAUAUCCCGCGCAGUCUUCCCUCUGAGCUUCCUCUUCUUCAACAUUUUCUACUGGAUUACCUACAAAGUGCUGCGACACGAGGACAUCCACGCAAAUUUGUAAUACGCUCUCUGCUCUACUCCCCACGACUUCUAAUUGUUACAUGCUACUUUUCUUUUUUUUCUUCUUCUUUCAACCAAAACUGCCUAUCAGAUCUACAUUAAAAGUGUUUUAGAGGCAUAUGCUUCGCAACAGUUGCCAUUGAUGCUAAAAACUCUGUGCUCAGGUGCGUCUUCAGGAUUUCAGAGAAAGUGUGUAUGAAAAGAAAGUGAAGCUGUGAAUUUAAACUGGUGUUCGAGUGCUGUUUGUUAUUGCAUUCUCUUUUAUUUUAGUCAUCUUGUUUUGACUGGAUUACAGCAGAAACAUAAUAAUGCUAGUCUUUGAACUUCUGCCUGAACUCUGAACUAUGGCUAAAGGCAGAUACCACAAGGGAAUAUUAGUCAUGGCUGGAUGGAUACUUCUGACUUGAAUUUUACCAAUCAACGCAUCUUUGAAUGAAUGUAAAAAAAUAUUAAAAGGCUUUUUUACAACUUUA